AUGGUAGACAGGACAACUGGUAGACAGAUAAAUAGGUUGACAGGUAAAUUGGUAGACAUUUUAAACGAGACAGAUAUUGUACCACCAAGAAAGGAAAACAUAACCCAGAGUGAAUCUCAAGAAACAACUAAUGGUGAAGAAACACAACAAGAUGAAGAGUUGGAGCAAAAUAAUGAACAAGAUCAAGAUCUAAAUAAUUCUGUCGAUAUUCCACUUUUUCGGACGGAGGAAGGACGAUAUUUAGCAAGUGCCUUAGGAGAUCCACUAAUAAAAGGACUAACUGAGGUCGCAAACAAGAGACCAAAGGACCCAAUAUCAUUUCUUGCCACUUAUCUUUAUAAUUUUGACAAUCAGAAUAAAUCUAGAGUAAAAACAACGGAAUCUGCUGUUCUAGUAACUGGAGAUGCCGAAGCACCAGGAAAUAAAGUUGAAAAUCCAGGGAAUGAUCAAGGUGCACCUCAUGUUAUAGAAGCAGUUGCUAUUGAUCGAUCUUUGCCUGAAAAUCAACAACAGGAUGAUACUGAUGCUCCAGAAACUGCUGUGAGCAGCGAAGACAGGGACGAACACGGACAGUCUAUGCUGCAUUUUGCAGCAGCGAGAUCUCAUGGUAGAGGCGCUCUUUUCCAAUUGCUUCAAGAAAGUGGCAUCAGUCCAGCAUAUAGAGACGAACUUUAUAGAACUGCAAGAGAUGUUUCUGUUCAAGCUGGAUUACCAGAAAAUACUAAGGAAAUCGAUAGAUUUAUCAUCCAUCUUGCAGCCAGAGGUGAAGUGGCUAGCAUAACUGCUUUGCUAGUGGAAGGGUAUGAUCACAUUUUAGAUAUAGUUGAUGAAAAUGAAGUAUCAAUUAUAGAUGUAGUACAAGAACGAGAUCAACCAGACAUGCUAGCAUUGCUGAAUUCUGUUAGAACUUUUGAGGUAAACGAAAAUUUAUAA